AUGGCAUCCUCGUCUUACGUCUGCGAUACGCUGCCGCCGCCCAAGCUCGCCUCCGCCAGCGAUGUCGACCAGACCCAGUCGCCGCGCGGAGACAGUCCGCCCGUGACCACCUUUGAUCUGCCCAGCAUCGACGCCCCGGAUCACACGGAUGAAGCACACGCGCACGAGCAGCAGGGGGGCGAAGGGAAGGGGAAGCAGGGGAAGCAGGCGGAGGUCGUUUCCGAGCAACCGCCUCCGCGCAAGCUAUGCGUUCGACACCAGCGGAUGGCGCACGAAGGCACGAACCUAAAGCUCCAGCAGGCGCUCGAUAAACUACCGCUCGAAGAUCGUGAGGCGAUCAACGGCGUCUGGGCCUCCUUCUCCGCUUCGCCGCAUCCUCGUCGUGCACUCAUACUCCAAGGACUGCUCACCAUGUGCUGCUUCUCGCAGCUUUCCCUCCUCACCGAGCAGCUCCAGGACCUGAUCCGGCUCGACCCCUUCCGCGUGUUCCCCCGCGAGGUCUCCCUCCAGGUGCUCUCUUACCUCGAUGCCUACUCGCUGUGUCGGGCGGCGCAGGUCACGCGCCUAUGGAAGUCGCUCGCCGACGACGAUGCGCUCUGGCGCGGCAUCUGCGAACAGCACAUCGGCCAGAAGUGUCACAAGUGCGGCUGGGGACUACCCAUCCUCGAACGACGGCGACACCUAACGGCACCUGCUUCACCAUCGCCGUCUCCCGGGUUGUUACCCGCGCCUUCAACGGCAUCGACCUCUUCUCAGAAGCGAAAACGAGACGAACUCGCCCCCGUCCCGCCAUCUUUGAAGCGCCAGCGUUCCGAGACACCCGCCGGUACCGGCCCCUCUACCCCCGCGCCCAUGGACACCGACCGCUCUUCCUCCUCCGGCCCCUCCUCCCGCCGCUCCGCCUCCCCCACCCCGAACCCCCUCCUCUCCUCAUCCUCCUCCUCAUCCCAACAACACCCCUCCAUCCAGCGCUCGCUCACCCGCCCCUGGAAAGACGUCUACUGCGAGCGCCUGCGGAUCGAGCGCAACUGGCGUCGCGGGCGCUGCACCAUCCGCACCCUCACCGGCCACACCGACGGCGUCAUGUGCCUCCAAUUCUCCGAGACCCUCCCGCACCCGGCCUUCCCGAUCCUCAUCACCGGCUCGUACGACCGCACCGCCCGCGUCUGGAACCUCGAGACCGGCGCCGAGAUCCGCUGCCUGCGCGGGCACACCCGCGCCGUCCGCGCGCUGCAGUUCGACGAGGCCAAGCUCGUGACGGGCAGCAUGGACCGGACGCUCAAAGUCUGGGACUGGCGCACGGGCCGCUGUCUGAAGACGCUCGAGGGGCACACGGAGGGCGUGGUGUGCCUCAACUUUGACCGCGAGCUGCUCGCGAGCGGCGGCGUGGACGCGACGGUCAAGGUGUGGAACUUCCGGUCGGGGGAGUGCUUCACGCUGCGCGGGCACAAGGACUGGGUGAACGCCGUGCAGCUGUGGGAUACGAGGCCGUCGUCGUCGUCGUCGGCGGCGGCGGGGUCGAGCGGGCUCGAGGUGUUCGGGAACGGCGCGGGCGGAGCGAGGGCGCAGUCGCCUAACAUCGAUCCGGGGAAGAUGCUGUUCUCGGCGUCGGACGAUGGGUCGAUCCGGCUGUGGGAUCUGACGAAGAGGGCGUGCGUGCGGCAGUUCAUGGGGCACGUCGGGCAGGUGCAGUCGAUGCGGCUCCUGCUCGGAUGCCAGCCCGACCCCGCUGCCAACCCCAACGGCCCUUCCGACGCAUCAUCCUCAUCCACAUCCUCAUCUUCCUCAACGCCGAACGCUCAAGACGACGGCGAGACCAAGCCACCGCCACCGCCGCCGUCGUCGUCGUCGGGCUCCAAGCCGGUGCUGAUCUCGGGCAGCCUCGACAACACGAUCAAGCUCUGGGACAUCGAGUCCGGCAAGGCGCUCAACACCCUCUUCGGGCACAUCGAGGGCGUCUGGGCCGUCGCCGCGGACCCGAUGCGGCUCGUGUCCGGAAGCCACGACCGGACGAUCAAGGUCUGGGAACGCGAGUCGGGCAGGUGCACGGCGACGCUCAUCGGCCACGCCGGCGCGGUGACGUGCCUCGCCGUCGGCGAGGACAAGAUCGUGUCCGGCAGCGACGACGGGGACGUGCGCAUAUGGAGCUUUGCUAAUUGA